UGUUAUAUCAUAUUAAACAACAAGCGAAAUAAAUAAUCGUAACACAUAUAUCAUUAUACACUUAGACUUCUCAAUCUUUAAGAACUCAUCAAAAGUUAGUCUAUUGUAACUAAACUAUCCUCAAAAAUGUCUGAAGAAACAAAUUCAAACACAACAAUUAAAAUCGAACCGUUCGAUGAUUAUCCUCAAGUGAAACAGGAAUUUGAUGAUUGUGAAAAUACAUCAGAUUUGUAUAUGGAUGAUGAUAUAUGUCGGCAGCAAUUUCUAAAAUCUGAAGUUACAAUUGACGAGGAAAUAAAACAAGAGAUGAUUGAUGAGCAAGAUGACAUGACUAGUACAAACAAAACUGUAUUAGAUGAAAGUUCUUAUAUAUGUGGUGAAGAGAUCAGUGAAUCAAGUAAUUUAGUGGAUAGUAGGAACAAAUCAUUUGAAGAAGUUUCAGGAAAAAGUGAAACAACUAAUAAAUUGAAACCGUAUACAUGUGAAAUAUGCCAUAAAACAUUUGCAGCAAAACAAAGCUUACAACAACAUCAAAUGAUUCAUACUGGAGAACGCCCUUAUGAGUGCAAAAUAUGCAAUAAAACAUUUUCGCACUCAAGUACUUUAAGACAGCACUUAUCAGUCCAUACUGGAGAACGUCCUUACGCAUGUGAAAUAUGUAAUAAAACAUUCAAAAGGAAAAAAUAUUUAAAAGAACAUAAAGAGGUCCAUUUUGGAGAACGCUCUUAUGAGUGCAAAAUAUGCAAAAAAACAUUUUCACAAUUAAGUAGUUUAAGAUCACAUUCAUCAAUUCAUACUGGUGAACGUCCUUACGCAUGUGAAAUAUUUCAUACUGAAGAACAACCUUAUGAGUGCAAAAUAUGCAAAAAAACAUUUUUACAGUAUGGUAGUUUAAGAUAUCAUUUAUCAGUGCAUACUGGAGAACGGCCUCAUGAGUGCAAAAUAUGCAAUAAAAGAUUUACACAGUCAAGUACUUUAAGAAAGCAUUUAUUAGUGCAUAGUGAAGAACGACCUUAUGAAUAUUUUAACAAAACAGUUAAAACCGAACUGAUUGAUGAUUAUCCCCAAGUGAAACAGGAAUUCGAUGAUUAUGAUACGUCAGAUUUGUAUAUGGAUGAUCAUAUAUGUCUGCAGCAAUUUCUUAAAUCUGAGGUUACAAUUGACGAGGAAAUAAAACAAGAGACGAUUUAUGAACAACAUGACGUGGCUAGUACAAACAAAACUGUAUUAGAUGAAAAUUCUUCCAUAUGUAACGAAGAUAUCAGUGAAUCAAGUAAGAUAGUCGAUAGUACAAACAAAACAUUUGAAAAAGUUUCAGGAAAGCGUAAGACAACUAGUAAGUUGAAAUAUAAAUGUAAAUCAUGCAGUAAAACAUUUGUAGCAAAACAAGGCUUACAACGACAUGAAAUGAUUCACACUGGGGAACGCCCUCAUGAGUGCGCAAUAUGCAAUAAAAAGUUCAAUAAAAAGUCAAACUUAAAUCAGCAUAAAUUGGUCCACACUGGAGAACAGCCUUAUGAGUGCAAAAUAUGCAAUAAAAGAUUUUUAAGGUUAACUGGUUUAAAAGAUCAUUUUUCAGUUCAUACUGAAGAACGUCCUUAUGUAUGCGAAAUAUGUAAUAAAAAAUUCAGAUUGAAACAAAACUUAAACAAACAUGAAAUGAUCCAUACUGGAGAACGGCCUUAUGAGUGCAAAAUAUGCAAUAAAAGAUUUUUAUGGUCAGGAGAAAUGUCAAAGUGGUUAAUGGAAUUAUUAAAGUUAAGUUCGAAGAUAAAUUUAGUAAAAAGAACUCAUCAUCUGUUUGUUUAUUAUAACCUACAAACCUCAAACAUGUCUGAAGAAACAGAUUUUAACAAAACAAUUAAAACGGAACCGAUCGAUGAUUAUCCUCAAGUGAAACAGGAAUUCGAUGAUUGUGAAAAUACAUCAGAUUUGUAUAUGGAUGAUGAUAUAUGUCUGCAGCAAUUUGAAAAAUCUGAGGUUACAAUUGACGAGGAAAUAAAACAAGAGACGAUUGAUGACCAAGAUCAUGUGACUAGUACAAACAAAACUGUUUCAGAUGAAAAUUCUUAUAUAUGUGAUGAAGAGGUCAGUAAUUCAAGUAAUUUAGUGGAUAGUACGAACAAAUCUAUUGAAAAAGUUUCAGGCAAAAGGGAAACAACUAAUAAAUUGAAACCGUAUUCAUGUGAAAUAUGUAAUAAAACAUUCAGAAUGAAAAAAAGAUUAAAUGAACAUAAAAUAGUACAUACUGGAGUACGCCAUCAUGAGUGCGCAAUAUGCAAAAAAACAUUUUUAGGGUUAAGUGAUUUAAGAAAACAUAUAUUAAUGCAUAAUGAAGAGCGUGCUUAUGAGUGCAAAAUAUGCAAUCAAAGAUUUUCACAUUCAAGUACUUUAAGAAACCAUUUAACAUUGCAUUCUGGUGAGCGUCCUUACGCAUGUGAAAUAUGUAAUAAAACGUUCAGAAUAAAAAGCAUGUUAAAAAGACAUGAAGCAGUUCAUUCUGGAGAACGCUCUUAUGAGUGCAAAAUAUGUAAUAAAACACUUUCACAGUUAAAUUAUUUAAAAAGACAUUUAUCAGUUCAUAUUGGAGAACGUCCUUAUGUGUGCGAAAUAUGCAGCAAAACAUUUGCAACAAAACAUACCUUAAACCGACAUAAAAUUAUACACUCUGGGGAACGCCCUCAUGAGUGUAAAAUAUGCAAUAAAAGAUUUUCACGUUUAAGUAGUUUAAGACAGCAUUCAUUUAUUCAUACUGGUGAACGUCCUCAUAUUUGUGAAUUAUGCAAUAAAAAGUUCAAUAAAAAGUCAAACUUAAAUCAGCAUAAGUUGGUACACACCGGAGAACAGCCUUAUGAGUGCAAAAUAUGCUAUAGAAGAUUUUCACAGUCAAGUAGUUUAAGGCAGCAUUCAUUGAUCCAUACUGGUGAACGUCCUCAUGAGUGCGCAAUAUGCAAAAAAACAUUUUUAGGGUCAAGUGAUUUAAGAAGACAUAUGUUAGUGCAUACUGCAGAACACACUUACAAACCGUAUAAAUGUGAAUCUUGCAAUAAAACAUUCACAUCAAAAAAAAGCUUACAACAACAUGCAAUGAUUCACACUGGUAAACGGCCUUAUGAGUGCAAAAUAUGCAAUAAAAAAUUCAAAAUAAAUUCACACUUAAUUGAACAUGAAGUGGUUCACACUGGAGAACGGCCUUUUGAGUGUACAAUAUGCAAUAAAAGAUUUUCACGGUCAAGUAGUUUAAGAAGACAUUUAUCAGUUCAUACUGAUGAACGUCCUCACGCAUGUGAAAUAUGUAAUGAAAAAUUCAGAUUGAAAAGAAACUUAAAUAAACAUAAAUUGAUCCAUAGUGGAGAACGCUCUCAUGAGUGCGUAAUAUGCAAAAAAACAUUUUUAAGGUCCAGUGAUUUAAGAAGACAUAUAUUAAUGCAUACUGAAGAACGCAUUUAUGAUUGUGAGACAUGCAAUAAAACAUUCAAAACAAAACCUGCAUUAAUGCGACAUGAAAGAGGACAUACUAGAGAACAAACUGUAAAAAAAUAGUCAAUAAAACUUUUGAAUCAGCCUAGAAACUGU